AUGCCUGGCUUUGAGUAUUCCUCAAGCCCUCCCUCAACACCAAAUAGAAGCACCAAUAGUCGAUUCAGUUUCGGAACCUCAAACAAUCCAUCAACUACGCCUGCUGGAGCCCCUCCUUCAUCGGCCGGCUCUUAUACUCCCGCUGGACCUGCACCAUCGUCGUUUUUGGAAAGCACUAUGCGAAGCCCAACCCCAAACAAGUCGGCUUUUGGAUACUCAGAAUACUCACAGCAAUCGGAAUUCGGUCAUUCUCAAUCAGACUUCGGUCAUUCCGAGCUCCAGAGCCCACAGUUCUCCUCUCCUCUCUUCACACGACCGACAUCAAAACCACAGAGGGCGGUAUUUGGCAACAAAACUCAAAAGUCGCAAAGGAGUUUACGAUCGCUAUCGGGAAGUGAGGAGGAAGAGGAUGAUGAGGAUGAAGAAAAUACUGGAUUUGAUGCAAAGACUCGCAAUCGCUUCGCAGAUUCUUAUGAUGACGAACAAGAUAUGGAGAGUGAAGAUGCCAGCUACGAGGACGAUGACAUAGACGACUAUCGCGGAACAAAGUCAAUGAACCGCAACAUCUUUAAUCAGCACAGCAAUUCGGUUCGGUUUGCAAGCACAUCUGGUGGACAAAUGCGACAGAGUAUGGGAAACGAUUCGAUAGACUUUCAGGCAUCUUUGGCGCAAUCACAAAGUAAAAGGGUGCCCGCUUCGGAUUUUGCUGGAAUCGCGAAAACCCUAUCUGAAAGCCAGGGAAUACCAGCUGUAGAUGAAGAAGAUGAUCUAAUAUUGAAGACGGAGGCAAUAAUUACAAGACUUUACGAACAGGGUGUGGGAAAGGCAGACAACGAAGAAAAACUUCAACGUGCUUUGGCACUCAUACCAAGCGAGUUAACAGCACUUUGGCAGGAGUACAGUGAACGAAGCGGAGUCUACAAUGAGCAGGAGUACGCUUCGAUCAUUGGCCCAGGUCCAGCAGCCUCAGAAUUUGCAAAGGCUAAUUACCUGGCUCAUCUUGCAAUGCAAAUCCAUCACUCAAAACCGGUGGAAAAGGGAUUUGCAACCGUGGUUAAGCCUCUUCCCAAAAUCAUGCUAGAUUGGCUGGAGGAGUUUCAUGAUCCUUUUCCACAACAACUUGAAGAAGUUCAGGCUACCAGACCGAGCCCUGCUUCUCAUCACUUAUUCUGGACUACUAUACUUAACAAUGUCGUUCGUGGGCGACUUGUAGCUGUUAUCAAUUGCCUCAAAAGUGCUGGUUGGAGGUACUCGUGGUCUGAUGCUGACGAUAUUAAUGCUCAAGGCGGGGCAGACGGCUUUACUGGAGUAGCCCUGACCAAUGUUGAAAAGGUAGUAGAGGAUGCGACCAAUGUUCUCUCUCUAUGUCCGGCAAUAAAUGGAGACUGGAACAUCUAUGGAAAUGAUUGGAGAUUGUUUCGACUUCGGAUAUCACAGGCUACGGAGGAUUUAAAACAAUUCGCAGAAGGUGGUUCUCGCCAUGAAUCAAAUCGAUUUGGAAAGUCUUCCAUGAGGAGUAGUCUAGGUGGAGACUAUAGUAAGCUUGCAAAGAGGGCUGCAAGUAGGGUACCAUGGAAUAUCUACCAGAACCUACUUACACUUUAUAGUUUGGUUAUGGGAGAGUCCAUCCCUAUUAUUGAAAAUUCCCAGGAUUGGUGUGAAGCAACUAUCGGUUUGCUUGUAUGGCAUGAUGAGGAGAAAGACGACAGACGUUUAGCUCCUGGGCGAUCGAUAAAUAGUCUUCGCGCUUCCGCCAUCAAUUAUGAGUCAGAAAAUGAUCUUCGCAAACUUCAACGAGCAUUUGAGGUUGUAGCUGCAAGCAAUACCGACUUUCAUGUUAAUAGCAACGAUAUGGUUGAAGUGGGAUUAGCUUGUCUAUUUCAAGGUGACACUGAGUCCCUCAUUUGCAUUUUGCGCGCUUGGUCUGGCCCUGUAUCUUCCGCUUUAGCUGAAGUCGCAUCGUUGGCGGGGUGGCUUCCUCGUACCGAACCUCAAGGUUUACUUGCAAAUGGCGAACUUGACCAAGAAGACCUUGAUCUCAUCAAUCUUGGCGCACCAACAGUACAGGAUGGCGUCAAAGACCUUACUCUCAUUACAUAUGCAAGGUCAUUACAAGAGCUGCCGGAGUUGACUGCAGUGAUUGGACACGCCGAGAUAACAAAAGAAGGAUGGGAACUAGCGAUCGCUGUAUUGGGCCGACUUGAUUCGGAAAGGAGAUCUGAAGAGAUGGUGGGUGAAAUCAUGAGAACAGUUAAGUUAGAUAGUGCUGGGAUCGUCGAUAAACUUUGGCGAUUACUCAAUGAUCUUGAUAUGAGUUCUCAAGCCGAAGCCAUCGCAAUGUCAUAUGCCGAUUCACUUGCCCGAGACAACAUUUCACCCGGUGAAGCCUUGUGGUAUUAUGCUUUAGCUCAUAACUCCGCCAAGGUUAAAGAUGUUCUUGAUACUCUCAUUCAAUUAUGUUUGGUAUAUUCGACAGCCUAUCCUCCAGAGGCCGAGCUUGAUGAUCAUUUGCAGCGAUUAAUCUCAUCUCCAAAGAAUGCUUUGAAUGAAAUGUCUAGUAUGGAUCUCGAAGCUGCAGAACUUGUUCAUACUUCAUUGAGCGGAUACGCAACGCUCCGUAGGUUUUAUACCUUGAGAGACCAAGAAGUCAUGUUAUCACCAGGUUCCAAACCAGCAAUGGGUGCAAUCACCCGAAGGUCGGAAGCAGCCAAUGCUCUACUAGCAUUGAUAAUCAGUUCCGACGACAACAUUCGCGGUGGUAUCUACGAUGAAGAUCGUGGGGCCGUCAUCCCUGUUCAUUACAUUCUUGCGCUCUUAGGCGAAGCCAUGCCCUUCGUUAACCAGCCCGACUCUCUCCUCAACACCUCUCAAAUCGAUAUUCUCCUCCGCACGAUCGAAGAUAUCCAGGGUAUCGGUCCGCGUAUUUAUGCCGUCUGCAACGCUUUUCUCGAAACGGUCAUUAAAAACGCUUCGGGUCUAAAGGGCUCUAAUCCCAUGGACUUAUUAAGUCAAUCGUCAUCGGGUACCUCUGGGAGCUUCUCAAUGGUAGGAAGUUCAAUGAUGGCGUCGCAAUUCCAUAAAUCGGUUACGGCGAGUGGAAUUUUGAUGAACAAGGGGGUAUUAAGAGGGGUUGGGAUUGGAGGAAAGGGAUUAGUGCGGGCAUGA